AUGGAUAAAUCUACGAAUCCAUACAUAAUCAUACAUACCCGACUUGGGAUUAGAAACCGUGUCGCUUCGAGAUGCGGCAACCACGGCCCUUCAGCCGUAGCGUCCUCAGCUACACCGAGCGGCAAUGAUUUUGCCUACCGAAGUGAUGGAGCGUGGCACUGGGAGUGGCAGAAGAAGCCGGCGGAGCAGGAAGGACGCCUGCAACAGCAAUCGGGCGGCGGCGCCGGCCCAGCCUUGGAGCUGGGUGGCGGCGGCGGCGGCGGCGGCAGGGUAUUCUUCACGAUCAAAUUGUCACAAGAUUACACAUGUACCCAUGAGGUAUCUCCUUUCGGAGUUCAGCGGCCGGCGAAUGGUCGCGUGGCCAAAGAGGCGGUGGCGGUGGCGGUGGCGGCGUGGUACCUGUUGGCGGCUGUAGAGACGAUGGAAGCGAUGAUGACAGUGGAAGUAGAGGAAGCCGUGGAGGCGGUGGAAGACACUGGAAGGCGGAGGAGGCAGAGGAAGCGGUGGAGGCAGCGAGCGCGGUGGAAGAGGUGCGUCCUCAUCGGAGGAUCCAUUGCCAUCGGGCUAAUCGGCGGAAUAGUCGCCGACCACUUCCUCACGUCGAUGGUGCAACGGCAGCACGGCGCCUAUGGUGGCCGCCGGCCUCGCGCUCGACGUGGAGCGCAGGCUGGUGGAGACGGCGUGUAUCCGGACGACGGGGCUGCGGGUGACGCAGGGUUGGACCCGGAACCGUAG